AUGUUGUUGAACAUCUAUUCAUCUAUCUAUCUAUUAUCUAUUAUCUAUCUAUCUAUCUAUUUAUAUUAUAUAUCUGGAAAUCUAUUGUUGAAUUUAUCGAAAAAUUUAUCAUAUCUAUUAUCUAUCUAUCUAUCUAUCUAUCUAUCUAUCUAUAUUUCUCGAUUCAUUCAUAUCAAUCAUAAUCCACUCUUAUUCUUAAAUGCAUAUCUGUCCCCUAAUGUCCACUCUUCCUGCUUCUGGCUGAAAUCCAAAUUCAGUAAUUCUUUCUUUUUCAACAACCAUGACAAAAAGAAAAAAUUCUUUUCGUCUUCUUUUUUUCUUUUUCUAUUUUUAUCUUUUUUUUUCUUUUCUUUUCUUUUUUGCUUCCAUUUGGGUCGUUCUGUCAUUCAGCGUCGUAUUUACUUUUCAAAGCGAACAUCGCUCACGAGCAUCCAUCUCUCACAUUCUAGAUGGUUGGAAGGGAGAUUUUUUUUUUCUUCUGUUCAUUCGUUGGAGAAACUUGCCUUAUUCUAA